AACUGGGCGGGGGCCCGCCUAAAGACGCAAGGCGGAGCCAGCGAACAGACGAGGUUCGCGCCAGGUCUCCGAUCCCGGGGAUGCUCCGCUGGGCCCGCGCCUGGAAGCUCCCCCAUAGGGGGAUCGGCCCCUCCAGUCCCAGCUUCUCCAGAGUGCCUGUUGCACUCAGCAGCAGCCAAGGCGGCACAGAGCCGAGGCCGGUGCCGCUUUCCUACAAGCUUUUGGACGGGGAGGUAGCCCGCCCGCCCCUCGUCUUUUUGCAUGGGCUCUUUGGAAGCAAAACCAACUUCAGCUCCAUCGCCAAGGCCCUAGCCCAGCAGACUGGCAGGAGGGUGCUGACAGUGGAUGCUCGAAACCAUGGCGACAGCGCCCACAGCCCAGACAUGAGCUACGAGGCCAUGAGCCAGGAUCUGCAGGACCUCCUGCCCCAGCUGGGCCUAGUGCCCUGCGUCCUCAUUGGCCACAGCAUGGGAGGCAGGACAGCCAUGCUGCUGGCACUUCAAAGGCCAGAGCUGGUGGAGCGCCUGAUUGCCGUGGACAUUAGCCCAGUGGAGAGCACAUCCAGCUCGAACUUUCCGAACUACAUAGCAGCCAUGAAGGCCAUAGACCUCCCGAAUGAGGCAUCCCUCUCCAGUGCCCGGAAACUGGCCAGUGAGAAGCUCAGCUCUGUCAUCCAGAGCAUAAGCGUACGGCAGUUCCUUCUUACCAACCUGGUGGAGGUGGACGGGCACUUCGUGUGGAGAGUGAACUUGGACGCUUUGUCCCAGCACUGGGACAAAAUCUUGAACUUCCCACCACGGCAAGAAUCCUACUCUGGACCAGCCCUCUUCCUCGUUGGUGGAAACUCUCAAUUCGUGCUUCCCAGCCACCACCCUGAGAUUAGGCGGCUCUUCCCUCGGGCUCAGAUGCAGACCGUGCCUAAUGCUGGCCACUGGGUCCACAGCGACAACCCGCAAGACUUCAUGGCUGCCAUCCAAAGCUUCCUGGCCUAAAAGUUGCCGGCCAGAGGAGACAUGAAACCCCAAACUUCAAGGCCCCGCAGGCUGCUCCUUGUUCCAGCACAGAAGGACUCAGGUGGGCACUGAGAGGGCACGAGGAUGUAGAGGGGUUCAGACCUCAAACUUUAAUGAAUAAACGUACUCUUCCCAA